CCGUAGCCUACGCCCCGCCCUCCAAUAUUGCAGUUCCCUACGACCCUCCGGAAUCCGUCUUAAGCUAGGAAGAGGACUGUGUUGUAUGGGAAUGUUUACAGCAAUUCGGCUAAUUGCAAACGAGUGUAUUUCGAACGACGGUUGCAGACCAAAUUUGCUAGAGGCGCGCCCGCUUUGAAGGAUGAAUUGAUAACUUUGCUUCUUCAAAUUCUCGCUUAGGACAUCUUGCUGCAACAUUGCCGCGACACUUUCUACAAUGUAUCAGACAUUGCAUACGUGUUUACUCAGAAAGGCACGGUGUUGGGAUGCUGAUAGUCAAAAUACAUACCAAGAGCUGUUCGACAAGCUUGAUGCCAACAAAGAUGGGAAGGUGGAUGUGGCUGAAUUAAGAACGGGCCUAGCUGCUAUGGGCAUAUUCCGCAAAGGGGCUGCACAGAAAAUCGUAUCGUCUGGUGACAAAAACCAAGAUGGGAGCCUGGACUUCAGCGAGUUCACUAAAUACCUUAAAGAGCACGAGAAGAAACUGCGCCUGACAUUCAAAAGCCUGGACAAAAAUAACGAUGGUCGAAUCGAUGCCACUGAAAUCCAGCAGUCCCUUUCUGAGUUGGGCAUGUCUGUUUCCAAAAAAGAUGCCCAGAAGAUAUUACAGAGCAUGGACAUCGAUGGGACCAUGAUGGUGGACUGGAAUGAAUGGCGGGAACACUUCCUCUUCAACCCCGCCCACAACCUGGACGACAUCAUACACUACUGGAAACACUCGUCGGUGCUGGACAUAGGCGACAGUCUGGCCAUCCCGGACGAGUUCACAGAGGAGGAGAAGACCUCUGGGAUCUGGUGGAAGCAGCUGGCGGCCGGGGCGGUGGCCGGCGCCAUCUCUCGCACCGGCACCGCCCCUCUGGACCGGAUGAAGGUCUUCAUGCAGGUUCACUCCUCGAGAACACACCGCAUCAGCCUCUCUGGGGGCUUCAGGCAGAUGAUCAAGGAGGGCGGAGUCGCCUCGCUGUGGAGGGGGAAUGGAGUGAAUGUGCUGAAGAUCGCUCCAGAGACCUCCAUUAAAUUCAUGGCUUAUGAGCAAUAUAAGAAGUUGUUGUCUUCAGAGGGCAGCAAGGUGGAGAUACACCAGCGGUUUAUGGCAGGGUCUCUGGCCGGGGCCACGGCGCAGACAGCUCUCUACCCCAUGGAGUUGAUGAAGACCAGAUUGACUCUGAGGAAAACAGGGCAGUUUUCAGGGAUGUUUGACUGUGCAAAGACCAUCCUCCACAAAGAGGGAGUCAAGGCUUUCUAUAAGGGCUACCUCCCUAACUUAUUGGGCAUCAUUCCAUAUGCUGGCAUUGACCUCGCUGUGUAUGAGAGUCUCAAGAAUGCCUGGUUGUCCCACUAUGCCAAAGACACGGCCAACCCCGGUAUACUGGUUUUGCUGGGCUGUGGAACCAUCUCCAGUACAUGUGGUCAGCUGGCCAGCUACCCCCUAGCCCUCCUACGCACACGCAUGCAAGCUCAGGCCACUCUGGAUCCGUCCGACCAGCCGACUAUGAGCCAGCUUGUGAAGAGAAUCAUGGUCAAAGAUGGCUUCUUUGGACUCUACAGAGGCAUCCUACCUAACUUUAUGAAGGUCAUCCCUGCAGUCAGCAUUAGUUAUGUGGUGUAUGAAUACAUGAAGACUGGUUUAGGGAUCGCAAAGUGAUAUUUCAAUUCGAUUGGAAGUUAUAGGUCUCAUAUUUAAGGAUUCAAAAAUGACAGAGAGUGAACCAUGCGUUAAGAGCCAAGAACAUUUUAUCGCUACUGUAAAAGGAACAAGUAUCAUGAUGUUUUUUUCAAUUUUUGGUAAUCCAAGCAGGGGUUGUUUAGUUGGAAUGCAUGCAUUUAAAUGGUUGACAUUUUAAAUGAAUGCCAUUCCCCUGUGAGCAGUCUCAAAGAAUACACACCAAUAUAAUACAAAGAAUAUACCAAUACAUUCUGCAAUAGGAUCCUAUAGUUGUAAAGCAUUGUUUUUCUUCAAGGAAGUUGAUCGGAUUGGCGCUUGUCCAGGGGGCAUUUGUAGUUUAAACUUAAUUUGAAUAAUAUUCACACCAUCACACCAGCUCCUGGUUCGCUCUUUUUAACACCACAUUUUGUGUUUUAAAAUAUACAGUAAUUCCUAUUUGUUCUCAGUAUUGUGGGGAUGACAGGAUGUUGACCAAAAAUAUGAAAUAAGAUAUUUGUAAUUCUGAAAAAUACAACAGAUUAAUACUCAUUUUAUUUUUGUGGAAUGAAUAUUCCAAUGCUCAUGAGACUACUAAACUUUUAUUGUUGACUUAUUUAUAUAUGAGUUAUGAUAUGAAUUAAUCAUGCAGAAACACUGAACAGAGUUAAGAUAAUCUUAUCUUCACAAGCAAAGAAAGCAAAGACAUCCACCAUCAUUUUAAUUAUUCUUAAUAGGGUUAUAUCAUUCUCAUUUCUGUAUCCUUUGUUUUGACUUUUGGCUGUUUGUGUGUGCAUUUUCAAGUACAUAUUUUUACUAAUGCAUGUCAACAUAUUCAGUGUAGCAGAGAGAAACAAUCCGCAAUUGCUCAUCUGAAUGUUUUUUAACAAUUUAAUGUGCCUUAAAUUCACUCAAUGCGUCACCAUUUUGUGGCAUUGAGUGUUUUGUUUGGGUACUAUGUUUACAAUUUCAGACAUUAGAUGUACAUUUAAUUUACAGUGUGUUAUUUAUUUACAAUGUCUAUGCUGUUACCAUGAAACUUCAAGAAAACCCAUUCGCUUCCAGGUUGUUGUCGUGCUUGUGAAUGUAUGUAUCGGACUGAAUUGCAAAGAAAAUUUUCAAUUUAUGUAAUGUGUGAGGGUGUGUCGCAUUGGCCAAAAGAUGUGAGCUACUAGAUCAAUCCCACUUAAAAAAAUAACAAAUAAAAAUUGGAUUAUGCUUUCGAUAUCUGUACGUUCUGGGAUUGAGAAGGUAGACCUCUUCAGCCUAUUGUAAAAUGGCUUUGAUAGUUGUUGAGCAUGUUGAUAGAAUAAUCAAGGAUCACAGACCACUGUAUGUAUGAUGAUGUAUGACGUCUGCAGGGUCUACAAUGACCCUUGGGCCAUUUCUAUUGGAAUCAUUAGAACAUAAUGAGAAAUGUGUGUAAAUGUGUAUGCAUGUCAAAGAUUGCCUCCAAAGUUGUAUUUUAACACUUAAAAUACAAAUAAAACCUAAACCCUAAAUAAAAUAUAUUAUACAAUGUU